UUUAUCAAAAUAGAAAACAAAUGAAGUUUGAAGUUUAAAAAUAAUAGGAUCGACCACUCACGACUAGCUAGCGCGACUGCGCGUUCGGGACCACUCUGCUUUAGUAGUACCCUUAUACUCUGUGUGUUUUCAAACGCAUGGAUAUAGGUGUCAAAUUUGUUCCAAUAACUUUCGAGUAAUAGAUAGAUAGAGAGACAGACAGACAUAUAACUCGCUCCGGCCAGUCAUGGUAUUAGCUGUCAGUAGCCAAAGAAUCGACAGGCAGACAGACAGAUACUUCACUAGCAGUGAGCACUUUCACUUCUGACAGCUAAUAGCAUGACAGUGCCGAAUAACAUUCCUAAAAGUACGGAGGGCACAGUUUCUAUUUGGAUUCAAGUACCGUAAUUUUCAAUCGGAUAAAAUCCAAUAAAAACAUACAUCUGAGAUGCUUUCAUUUCAUCUUUUUUUUAAUGCCACACACGUAUGGUGAUGUGGACAGAGUAUUAAGCCACAUAAAUUUUAUGAAACCAAAUAAACUCAAUAGUCUUAGCAUGGAAACACUAAGAGAAAUAUUUAACAUCAAAUAUGGACUUCAACGAAGUGGUAAAUAUUGUAUUGAUUAUAGAGAUGAUGGGAAACAGCGGCUUCUAUGUCUGACAAGAUUUAAUGGAGUAAAAUGUAAAGGAAUUAUGUUAAUUUGAUUUUAAUUCAAUUACAGCUAAAUUUUUCCAUAUAAAUCAUUUCGUAAUUACACGUAUUUAUGUGAGUUUUCGUUUACAUGCUAUUUUGUAGAGACUUUUACACUUUUAAUUAGUGCUUUUAACAAGUUUUAAUUAGCAACCUUGUUUCUCCAUCUCUCGGAGAAUUGAGGAAAUACAUAACAUAUCAAGGGGAACAACUUCAUACCGAGUACAACGUACAUCAUUAACAUCGAUAUAAUUGCUAAUCGGACACUGACUGACUUCAUGUGAUGUAUGAGAAUAUCACAUGACAUUGGCAUCAAAGCAUUAUUUCCAUCAGAUAACAUCAUCGAUAUUCAUCACCUUUUAAAGACUGAAAGAAAAUGUUGUGCAGAACUGAUUUAAGAACUCAAGAGAAUGCUAGUGAAAUAUGUUUUCUCUUGUGAAAUGUUUGGAAUGUCUACAAGAUUAUUUUCUACUUUAGUUAAACUUGGAUAAUUUUAAAAGGAAUCUCAGAGUAUUUUCAGACAUUAAGAAGGAUUACAGUUGAUGGAAAGAGAACAAUAGCAAUAUUUAUUAGGAAUAAAUUGUAGGACAUAUGUUGUGGUGAUUGAAGUAAGAUAAGGGACAGAUGGAUUAUUUAAGAUAGACGAAGAAUAUAAUUUUAUUCUGAAGAGAUGUCACAAUCAGCAUAUCAGUGUCAUAUCUGUGAAAAGUCUUAUACUCAAAAACAUAACCUAACUAGUCAUAGACGUAUGCAUACAGGAGAGAAGCCAUUUGAGUGUGAUAUCUGUGGUAGAUUAUUCUCUCAAAGUAUUCACUUAACUAAACACAAACGUAUACAUACAGGAGAGAAGCCAUUUCAAUGUGAUAUCUGUGGCAAAUCAUUCCCUCAAAGUAGCCAUUUAUCUGUUCACAGACGUAUACAUACAGGAGAGAAGCCAUUUCACUGUGAUAUCUGCGGCAAAUCCUUCUCUCAGUUAUCUGGCUUAACUAUACACAAACGUAUUCAUACUGGGGAGAAGCCAUUUCACUGUGAUAUCUGUGGCAAAUCCUUCUCUCAAUUAUCUGACUUUACUGUACACAAGCGUAUUCAUACAGGAGAGAAGCCAUUUCGCUGUGAUGUUUGUUGUAAAUCAUUCUCUAAAACUGGUAACUUAACUACACACAAACGUGUUCAUACAGGAGAGAAGCCAUUUCAUUGUCACGUCUGUGGUAAAUCAUUCUCUGCAAGCAGUAACUUAACUACACACAAACGUAUUCAUACAGGAGAGAAGCCAUUUCACUGCAAUAUUUGUGGCGAAUCAUUCUCUCAGUUAUCCGGCUUUACUGCACACAAACCUAUUCAUACAGGAGAGAAGCCAUAUCACUGUGAUACAUGUGGUAAAUCAUUCUCUCAAAACUGUAACUUAACUAAACAUAUGUCUAUCCAUACAAAAGUAAUAUAUUCUUAUUCUGAAGAGAUGUCACAAGAGAAACCACAAUCAGCUUUUCAGUGUGGUAUCUGUGAAAAGUCUUUCACUCAGAAAGGUAAUCUAAAUAUUCACAAGCGUAUUCAUACAGGGGAGAAGCCAUUUUGCUGUGAUAUUUGUGGCAAAUCUUUCUCUCAGUUAAAUUCCUUAACUGUACACAAACGUAUUCAUACAGGGGAGAACCCAUUUCGCUGUGAUAUUUGCGGUAAUUCAUUUUCUGGAAAUUACAAUUUGGCUGUACAUAAACGUAUACAUACAGGAGAGAAGCCACUGCACUGUGACGUUUGUGGUAAAUCAUUCUCUCAUGGCUCUGCCCUAAUUAUACACAAACGUAGUCACACUGGAGAGAAGCCAUUUCCAUGUGAUAUCUGUGGUAAAUCAUUCUCUCAUGGCUCUGCUUUAACUGUCCACAAACGUAUUCAUACAGGUGAGAAGCCAUUUCACUGCAAUGUUUGUGGUAAAUCAUUCUCUUAUGUAACUAGCUUAACUGUCCACAAACGUAUUCAUACAGGAGAGAAGCCAUUUCACUGUGAUACCUGUAGUAAAUCAUUCUCUCAGGUAACUGGCUUAACUGUGCAUAAACGUAUUCAUACAGGGGAGAAGCCAUUUCGCUGUGAUGUUUGCGGUAAUUCAUUCUUUACAAAUAAUCAUUUAACAGUGCAUAAAUAUAUUCAUACAGGAGAGAAGCCAUUUAACUGUAAUAUCUGUUGGAAUUCAUUCUCUCACAGAGCUGCCUUAACAGUACACAAGCAUAUUCAUGCAGGGGAGAAGCCAUUUCAUUGUGAUGUGUGUGGUAAAUCAUUCUCUCACAAAGCUCCCUUAACUGCUCACAAGCGUAUUCAUACAGGAGAGAAGCCAUUUUACUGUGAUACCUGUGGUAAAUCAUUCUCUGCUAACAGUAACUUAACUAUACACAAACGUAUUCAUACAGGGGAGAAACCAUUUCACUGUGAUGUGUGUGGUAAACCAUUCUCUCACAAAGCUCCCUUAACUGCUCACAAGCGUAUUCAUACAGGAGAGGAGCCAUUUCACUGUGAUGUCUGUGGUAAAUCAUUCUCUGCUAACAGUAACUUAACUAUACACAAACGUCUUCAUACAGGGGAGAAGCCAUUUAAAUGUAAUAUUUGUGGAAAAUCAUUCUCUCUUGGAUAUGUCUUAACUAAACACGAACUUAUUCAUACAGGUGUGAAGCCAUUUCACUGUGAUACCUGUGGUAAAUCAUUCUCUCAGGUAACUAGCUUAACUGUGCACAAACGUAUUCAUACAGGGGAGAAGCCAUUUGACUGUGAUACUUGUGGUAAAUCAUUCUCUCGCGGAGAUACCUUAAUUGUACACAAACGUGUUCAUACAGGGGAAAAGCCAUUUCACUGUGACUUCUGUGGUAAAUCAUUCUCUCAAAGCUUUCACUUAACUAAACACAAAUGUAUUCAUACAGGGUAGAAGCCAUUUAGCUGUGAUAUUUGUGGUGAUUCAUUCUCUCAAAAUUGCAACUUAACGAAACAUAUGUCUAUCCAUACAAAAGUCUGACAUUUCGCUGUGAUACAUGUGAUAAAUCAUUCUCUCAAAAACGUAUCUUAACUAAACAUAUGUCUAUCCAUACAAAAGUGUGACCAUGUCAUUCUUAAAAUUCCUUGUAUUCCUUAAGAACCAGCAUUUUCACAUCUUUUCCAGAUAAAUCACGAGUUAGCCCUGUGGUCUUCACAGUAAUGUGUAAAGCCUUCACUUUAACCAUACUCCUCAUGGUUCUUUGUUUGAAGUACAGUUUUCUGACAGCAUUCUGUUUGUAGCCCCUUUUUCAACCCCUUACAAUAUACAGAGAUAUGAUGUUCUGUUCAGAUCCAGCUUCAUUCCAGUCUACAUUGUCAAAAUGGGUUCUAAAUGUCUCUGCCUUUGUUGUAAUGUAAUUAUUGUGUACAAUAAAUAAGAUAACCAGACAACAUUCUUUGGAACAUAUGAGGUCAGUGUAACAUCCUUCUGGAAACCAGUCAAGCUUGUGUAUUCAGUUCUGCCUCUUGUGGCAACAAACUGUGGAGCAAGUUCUAUCUUGUUCUUUUUCAGAGUUCCAACUUAUGUUAAUCUAUAAUUCUUCAAGAGAUCGACUGCAAGUCCAUAACUUGUAAACCAAUUAUCCAUUGGAAUAUUUCUUACAGUCCCAUUUAUAACAAUACCAUCCAGAACCAUCUAAUAACAAAAAAAAAAAUAAAUAAAAGUUGGUCAGUUGACGAUAAUA